AUGGGGAUCCCGAGCCCGAGCGACGAGGUGGUCCAAAUCGUGCACGGGGACGGCGCGGGGGACCCCACCGUGGUCACCGUGAGCUGCCCCGACAAGACGGGCCUGGGCUGCGACCUCUGCCGCCUCGUCCUCCUCUUCGGCCUCAACGUCCACAAGGGCGACAUGAGCACCGACGGCCGCUGGUGCUACAUCGUGCUCUGGGUCGCCGCGCGCCGAGGCCGGGCCGUCGCCUGGGACGUCCUCAAGGACCGCCUCAUCGACCUCUGCCCCGUCCCGGCGCCCUUCGGCGUCGACAGCGCCUACCUCGCCGCCGCCGGCCUCCAGGACCCCGACGCCGAGCCCCAGGUGUUCCUGCUCAAGUUCUGCUGCUACGACCGGAUGGGCCUCCUCCACGACGUGACGUGCGUGCUCUCCGAGAUGGAACUCACAAUUAGGAGGGUCAAGGUCUCCACCACGCCAGAUGGGAGAGUGAUGGACCUUUUCUUCAUCACUGAUGCUAGUUUACUAGGUAAUCUUCAGCUCUCUAGUUUAUGUUUACUAAGGGAACUUCUACACACAAAGAGCAGGAGGGAAGAGGCCUAUGAAAAGCUCCAGAGUGUCUUAGGCGACUCCGUGACGAGUUGCGAAAUAGAAUCCGCGACGGAGGACAUGUCUUGUUGCCUCCAAGCUUCAGCAUUGUUGUCGCCUGUUGUCCUGGAGCAGAUGUUCAGCGAGGUAGAUGCCAUAGAGGAGCAAUCGAGGUCCAGCGGUAGCCUGUCGGUCACUAUGGACAACUCCCUCAGCCCCGUGCACACCCUGAUUCAGAUACAGUGCGGCGACCACAAGGGCCUCCUGUACGACAUCAUGAGAACAGUCAAGGACUGCAACAUCCAGAUUUCGUAUGGCCGGUUCUACGCGGGCCAGAAGGGCCGGUGCGAGGUGGAUCUGUUCGCGGUGCAGUCGGAUGGGAACAAGAUACUUGACCAGCAGAAACAGAGAAGCAUGUGCUCCCGCCUGAGGAUGGAGCUGCUGCGGCCGCUCCGCGUGGCGUUGGUGAACCGGGGCCCCGACUCGGAGCUGCUGGUGGCGAACCCGGUGGAGGUGUCCGGGAAGGGCAGACCGCUGGUGUUGUAUGACAUCACGCUCGCGCUUAAGAACCUCCAUAGACGAGUCUUCUUGGCUGAGAUCGGAAGGCAUGUGGUGGACGAUCGGGAAUGGGAAGUGUACAGGGUGCACCUGGGGGAGGACGAACACGAGCUCUCGUGCUCGGUGCGGAGCAAGAUCGUCGACAGCGUCACCAACAUGCUCAUGGGCUGGGACUGA